UUGUGUCACUCGAACUUAGAAAAUUACUUUCAAGUCUGUUGUGUAGGUCCAAUUCUUACUAUUUUCUCAUGUAUCAGAUGAUACAGGAAAUCGGCUUCGGUUCCAGCUGGAGUUAGAGUUUGUUCAAUGUCUGGCAAAUCCAAAUUACCUCAACUUUCUUGCACAAAGAGGCUACUUCAAAGACAAAGCUUUUGUAAAUUAUCUUAAAUAUUUACUUUACUGGAAAGAACCGGAGUAUGCGAAAUACCUGAAGUAUCCUCAAUGUUUGCAUAUGUUAGAGCUGCUCCAGUACGAACAUUUCCGCAAGGAACUGGUGAACGCUCAGUGUGCCAAGUUUAUUGAUGAGCAACAGAUUCUUCACUGGCAGCACUAUUCACGGAAGAGAAUGCGCCUCCAGCAAGCACUUGCAGAGCAGCAGCAACAAAACAACACCUCUGUGAAAUGAAAAACUCUUGGGAGAGUGA